UUAGCGUUGUACGUGCAUAAACUUUUGGCCAUGUCUGCAAAAAGUUCAAUACAAGUGUGCAUAAAGGUUCGCCCCGUCGAGCCGGGAGAAUCUACACUUUGGCAAGUUAAGGAUGAGUGUGCCAUACAAUUGAUAGACAGCCAAGCUGAUCCCUUUGUUGUUGAUUACGCCUUUGAUCAAGAUACAACUAACCAGAAAGUUUUCGACCGAAUGGCAAAGCAUAUUGUCCACGCCUGCAUGCAAGGAUUUAAUGGCACGAUAUUUGCGUAUGGCCAGACGUCAUCUGGCAAAACUUAUACCAUGAUGGGCGACAAUCAAAAUCCAGGUGUCAUGGUGUUGGCGGCAAAGGAAAUCUUUAAACAAAUAGCCAAUAACAAUGAUCGUGACUACCUGAUAAGAGUGGGCUACAUAGAAAUAUACAAUGAGAAAGUCUACGAUCUGCUUAAUAAGAAGAACCAAGACCUCAAGAUCCAUGAGGCCGGCCAUGGCAUUGUGAAUGUCAAUUGCGAGGAGGUUAUUAUAACUAGCGAGGGCGAUCUUCUGCAAUUUCUCUGCAUGGGCAAUAAGGAGCGGACAGUGGGUGAAACCAAUAUGAACGAGCGUUCCAGUCGUUCGCACGCUGUCUUUCGCAUAAUCAUUGAGUCACGUAAAACGGAUCGCAGUGAGGAUGACGCAGUCAUUCAAAGUGUACUGAACCUGGUUGACUUGGCGGGUUCCGAACGUGCUGACCAGACAGGUGCCCGUGGGGCUCGUCUAAAGGAGGGAGCACACAUCAACAAAAGUCUGCUCUUUCUCAGCAAUGUAAUCAACAACUUGGCUGAAAAUGUGGACAAGAAGUACAUAAGUUUCCGUGACUCAAAACUUACACGAAUAUUGCAAGCGUCGCUGGUGGGAAAUGCCCUUACGUCGAUAAUAUGUACAAUUAAGCCCUCGAUUUCUGAUGAGUCCCAGUCCACUUUGAAUUUUGCCAUGCGAGCAAAGAAAGUCCGCAUUAAGCCACAAGUCAAUGAGGUAGUAUCGGAUGCGACUAUGAUGAAGCGGCUGGAGCGUGAAAUUAAGGAUCUUAAAAAUCGUCUCGCAGAGGAAGAGCGCAAAAAUGAGAGUCAGCUGAAAGUUAAGCAACUAGAGCAGAGACUUAAAACUGAUAUGCUUAAGAUCAUAACCAGUAAUUCGCUGAAUAAUGAAAAACGUUUACAAAAACGUCGUCGAACAUGGUGUCCAUCCGCCUCAUUGCUUGAGCUUCCGUCUACGUCAACGGCAAUGCCAUCAGAAGGGUCCACGUUAAAACAUUCCCAACUUCCGAAGCCACGUUUCUUUCCAAUUUCUAAUAUCAGUCAUCGUUAUGAUAAUGUCCCAAAGACAAUAAAUAUUCUUAAUUCGGCACAAUUCGAUGAUAGAGAAGUCUUUGUUCCCGGAGAACUGCACGAUUUUGGAUUGGAACCUUUGGAUAUACCAGCACCAACGCUUCAAGGCUUAAGUAGACCAAUUAUACCAAUUGCCUUAACCCCAACCGCAUCACAAAUGGGAAAUGCACAUAAGGAAAAUCUUGAAAAGGAACUUUUGGAAUUGCAAACUUUUACAAAAUUAGAAAAGUUAUGUGAUAAUAGCAGCGAGUGGGAAAAAUGUCAAGAUUUGACAGAGAAAUUGGAAGCUAUGACUAUUCAACGCGAUGGUCUACAAGCAGACAAUUUAAAGUAUCAACACCGCUGCGAGACGCUGGAGAAUGAAGUGGCUGCUAUAUCUUUGACCAAUCAAACAUCCAAUGCCAAGAUAGAGGACUACGAGACAGAAUUAAAAGAGCUAAAGCAGAAAAUUGAGAAACUUGAGAUGGAGAAUCGUGAUUUAGUGGGUCUAGAAUUUGAAUAUAAAAAUCACAAUAAUAAAUUGCAACUGCGUGAAAAUGAUUUGCUGUCAGCGCUUGACGAGAAGGAGACGAAAAUUGGCAAUUUGCAAAAAUCUCUCGACGAGCUAUCACGGGAUAUGUUGCGCAACAGCAAGGAGGAUCAAAUGCGUUCCCUUUGCCCCGAAUUGGAGACGAGUUGUGAGAGAAUUUGCAAUAAUUGCCAGCAGCUAGAAAAACUCUUGAAUGAAUAUAAAUCGGAUUCGAAAACUGUGGAAUCAAUUAAUUGUGAAUGUGAGAAAUUGCGGCUUGAAAUCGCCGAGACUCGAGCAAAGUUGGAAAGUGUUCAAAUAGCCUUUGGCCAAGCGACCGUCGAGGUGGCCGAAAAGGCGAAUCAUUGUGAGCGUCUGUCCCGUGAGGCGGCAACAGCACGAGAUGAUAUGACCUUUUUGCAGGGCAAAUACGAUGAAUUGGAGCAAUCGCGGCAGUCACAGGUGCAGGCUAUACAAGAUUUGCAGGCGGACUAUAAUGCCAUACGGCAAAAGUACACGGAACUUCAACAAUCUUAUGAAAAUUUGGAGCUAAAGUCUUCUGCGUCGGCCGAGAGUUGUUUGGUGCUUCAGGCUGAAAACGUAAAGUUACAAACUGAGAUUAACUGUCUUAAGGAACGUGUGGAGGAAGCUCAGCAAAAGCUUAUAAAUGGAAUGAAUACCGAACCACUUGACGAUCAGUUUAAGGCCCAAAGUGAAGAGCUGCAAGCCAAACUAUUGGAAAUGCAGACAAAUUUCAAUAAUAUUCAAAGAGAAUAUGAUUGUCUAUCGAAUGAACUCAUGGAGAGCGUCCAGGAGGGUGAUGAACUACGCAAGCAAUGCCAUGCACUGCAGGAGGAAUUGAAGCAACACCAGAGACAACUACAACAGAGCGGCGAUGCAGAGUCAAUGAAAAGUUCUGGUGUCGGGACCGAAUGUAGUGAAACUGAAGGAGAUUUGGACCAUGAACUGCUGCAACACUUUGCCAAGUUAUCCGAAUCGCUUCAUGAGAUAGAACUUAAACAUCUCUCCGGAUUUAGUCGCGUGUUUAGAGCAACCAACAAUGUGGCCCCAGCCCUCAAGCUGUGUCUAGAGUGCACUGAGGAAACUGACCUCAUCACCCAUCAAUUUGAUAAUCAGAUGGAUGAAGACAAAUGUGUGUACCUGAAAGGUAUUCUAAAACAGCAUAGAUUUGAAAUCAUAAAAUUAAACUACGAUGGCGAGGAAAAUGAUUGUGAUUUGCGGAAUCAUAUUCUACAAUUGGAAAAUGAGAUUGCUGAGAAAAACGCUUUGAUAGAUGCCACCGAACGCACCAUCAAUGAUAUGCGUGAACAGAUGACCAAUCUGGAGUCGGCACUCCUAGAGAAAUCGGUUAUAGUCAAUAAAGUGGAGGACUAUCAACGUCAAAUUGAAUCACUGGAAAAGCAAAAUGCCGAAAUCACAAUGGUUUGCGAAGAACUGCAGGUUAAGGUGAAAGAAAACACUUUAAGUGAAAGUUUCGCCAUGUCCUCGAUUGCAAAUGAUUCGAAUUCUGAGCAAGAUAUUAAGGAAAUUGUUUCAUUGAACACAACCGUAUCGGAUCUACGUGUAAGAGAGACUGAGUUGCAGGAUCAACUAGAACAGCACCGACAUCAAAUAAGGACUAAGGAUGAAACCAUUAGUCAACUUCAAGUGGAUAUUCAAGAAUUGAACGAGCGUUGUCUAUCGAUGGAUGUUCAACAAGUCGAAUUGCAAUCAAGUGCCGAGCACAAACAGCAAAUGCUGGAUCUACAAAUAGCCAAAUCAUUGGACGAUGCUCAACGCAUCGAUCAAUUACAGGAAAUGAAUGCGGAUUUAACAGAGCGCAAUAUUAGAGCAGAAAAAUUAUUGAAUGAACUAAAAGAGCGUCAUCCGAAUUCAGAGAUCGAGAACAACAUGGUUUUACGGGCUUUGUUAAGUGAAAAACUUAAAACCGCUCUAGAUGAUCUCGAAGAUAUGGAGAAGCGUAAAACCGAAGAGAUCAAUGGCUUAAAACUUGAAUUCCUUGAUAAAUUAGAGACGAGCGAAAGCGAAUAUCGUACAAAUAUGCGUAAAUAUAACAUUGAAUGGGAGGAGAGUAAAGAUCGCUACGAAUCAAGUUUGUCUAAACUAAAGGAGAGUCUGUCAUCAGCAGAAGCGAAACUUGAAAGUAUUAUUGUUGAGCAUAAUUCGAAUAUAAAGACCCUAAAAGACGAGCACAACUUGGCCCUAGACAAUGUCAUAAAGGAGAAGCACGAACUUGAGUCUCUCUACGAUGAAAGCCAGAAAAUGAUUGAAAAACUCACCAUACAACUAGAAGAUUCUGCCAGCCAAGAUCAAGUAGAUCAACAUCUAGAGCUUAUAAAAUCAUUGAAAAAUACUAUUCAAGAAUUUGAGGAAAAGGACGCCAAGCAAUUGCUUUUAUAUGAACAGCUCCAGAGUGAAUAUCACAGUAGCAUGGAAAAACUUAGAGAAGAAAAAAUGGCAUUGCAGUCGCAGUUCGAUGAUUUGAAUGCAGAAACUCAAAGCUUAAAAGACACAAUGACACAAAAGUUUGAAUCUUUGGAACAACAAUUGGAAGCUUCUGUUCAAGAAAAGGCAGAGGUCUUGAAACAAUCCCAACAGUUGGAAGAACAAUUGGAACUUGUUGUUAAUCAAAAGGCCCAAAUACAAAGCCAAAUGAACGAACAACUGGAGACCCUAAAUAUGAAAUUAAAAGAUCUUGAAGAGCAAGAGGCAGACGGCUCGAUGAAGUCUCAACAGUUGAAAGAACAAUUAGAAACUGUUUUAAACCAAAAGGCUCAACUACAAACCGAAAAGGACGAGCUGUUGGAAAGCUUUAACAUGAAGCUAAAGGAUCUGGAGCACGAGAGAGCAGAGGCCUCGGCAAAGUCUCAACAGUUGGAAGAACAAUUGAAAGAUGUUAUUGAGCAAAAGGCUCAAAUACAAACAGAAAAGGAGAAACAAUUUGAAGCCUUUAAGGAUCUUGAAAAUGAAUUGCGACAAGCCAAGGAGAAGCAACUGGAUGAGCAACAAUUAAAAGCUUCUAUUACGGAAAAGGAAGAGGCUUUGAAAAAGUCACAACAAUUGCAAAUGCAAUUAGACGCUCUUAUUAAGCAAAGCUCGCAAGAGAAAACCGAAAUGGAGGAAAAAAUUGAGACCUUUAAUGCCAAGCUAAAAGAUCUUCAAUACGAAUUGGUUCAAGUCAAUCAGAAGGUUAUACAUUUCGAUGACCUUACAGCUGAGCAUGAAAAACUUAAACUACAUGCCGCUGAUAUGGAGAAAAUGAUUCAAGACUUAAAGGAGAAGAGUGAGAACCUAAAAAAAGAUUUAACGACAUCCGAGAGCAAUGGCAACGAAUUGCGUUCGCAAUUGCAGACCGCCGAAGAUGCUAGAAAGGCUGCCUGUGCAGGACAAUCCAAAUUACAUAAACAGGUUGAAGAACUCGAAACGAGAAUGUCAAGUGAAUCACGACAAUUCGCACGUCAAGUCGGUGAACUCCAGGGUUCACUGAAAGAACAACAAAUAAAAUUAAACUCAUUACAUUUGCAAAAAGAGGAAAUGGGGUCGAGAAAUAAGGAGUUGACAAGCUUACUGGAGAAAGAGCGUAAGGAUAGUAAUUUCCUAAAAGAAGAUAACAACAAAUUGAAAACGCUUAAUGAACAACUAGAUGGUAAAUUAAAGCUAGCUUCGGAAAUGAGUAACGCAGUUCUCCAAAACCAAACGACAAUUGAGAGACUAACCGAGGAAUGCGAAACUUUGCGUUCAACUCUGAAAACUAAGGAAACCAAUUUAAAGGCAGAAUAUCAACAAAAAGAUGCCACCAUUUCAAGUCUGUUGUCUGAUAAGCGAAAUCUGGAAGAAAAGCUUUGUACUCUUACUGAGAUUGUAGAGAAAUUGGAGUCUCAAUUGAGCGGCAUACAAAAAUCCAAGUCCAAUAACUCUACCAAUAUGUCUAUGGAUUCGAAUGUUUCAAAUUCUUCGCCCAGUUCGGUGAAUCCAACUUUGCCAAGUGGAAGAAGAAGUCUAGAUCGAAAUGCCACCGUGCCACGGAAAUCAAUUAGUUUCGAGACUGAAAUGAGGAAAAAUCGAAGGAUAAUUGCACAUGACGAGCGCCGCCAAUCGUACUGGAACGAUUUCAGGGAUGCUGACUGCAUGACUGAUCCAGUUGCUGAAACGUGUAAUUGCACUGAAUUGGAUCGAAAGCUUAAAGACUGUCAACGAGAACUAUUUAUCCGCGAUAGCCAAGUUACUGCCUUGAAUUUCGAAUUAAAGAAUCAUCCUUUGAAAAUAGAGAAUGGCCAAUUAAAGCAGAGGCUUCAGGAUGAGGUCGAAAAAGCUCGCCAUGAGGUUAAACGUUUCAAACAAAAGAACCAAGAUCUUAUAAGCAAGAUCAAUGCAAUUUCUGCCUCAGCCUCAAAGACAACGUUAACCAGUGAGAAUACAUCAACAAAAACUGAAACAUCUAGUAAAGAUACGCAGACUGAGUCCGAGUUGGAAUCGAUAUUGGAGAAGACAAAUCUAAAAUUGACAGAUGCUCUAGGUUUGUGCCGCCUUCGUUUUAGACAAAUUAAAGAUCUGGAAGAAAAAUUACAACAGAAUGAGAAUAGCGAUACAACGAACAUCAGUUCCUUUACUGCCGGGCAAAUAGGGGCCCUUAAGGCACAAAGUGAAGCACAGAAAAAGGAAUUGUCUACUCUCCGUGAAAAAUACGAUUUGGCGAAGAGAGCUCUUCAUAUGCGCAGGGAUGAAGUUACGGAACUUCGAACUCGAAUUGCUUGCUUAGAGGGUUCUGUAACAGCACCAUCAUCAGCUAAAUAAGCCAUAUACAUACAAAGGUUAUAUUUUAAGUAUUAGUUAUCUUGUUUUAACUGUAUAUAUGCAUAUUCUAUGUUUAUUUAUGAUUUCUAUGUUCAUUUAUACGUCCAAAGUGUCGCUUUAGUUUCUUCAAUCUCAAAAUUUAUGGUAUUAAUAAUAGUUAAAAACUUAAUCGAGAAAAAAAUAGUUUUUAAAAUUACAAA